CCAGUGACACUGCAGAGAAGGUCUGUUCCUCUCUAUCUGUCAGCGCGUUCUGAGAGGGGGUCUAUUCUCUGUUCUCGGAGCGCCCAAGGGGGCGCAGGCAGGGACCUCGGCGAAGAAGAAGAGUGGGGAGGAAAAAGGAAGGGUGGGUGGGGGCCCGGGGCGAGCGCCUUCUCACAGCUCGAUGAUGUGGUCCACGCCGGUGCUCACUCUCUCCGCGUGCGUGCUGCUGGGCUGGGCGUUGCUGGCCGGCGGCACGGGCGGCGGCGACGGCGGCGGCGGGGGCCCCGGCCCGGGCGGCGGGCGCCGGCAGAGAGAGGCGCUGCUGCCGCAGAAGAUCGACGUGCUGGUGCUCCUGCCCCGGGACGACUCGUACUUGUUCUCACUGGCCCGGGUGCGGCCCGCCAUCGAGUACGCGCUGCGCAGCGUGGAGGGCAACGGCACCACCACCGGGAGGCGGCUUCUGCCGCCGGGCACUCGCUUCCAGGUGACCUACGAGGACUCGGACUGCGGCAACCGCGCGCUCUUCAGCCUGGUGGACCGCGUGGCGGCGGCGCGGGGCACCAAGCCGGACCUGAUCCUGGGGCCGGUGUGCGAGUACGCGGCGGCGCCGGUCGCCCGGCUGGCGUCUCACUGGGACUUGCCCAUGCUGUCUGCGGGGGCCCUGGCCGCCGGCUUCCAACACAAGGACGCGGAGUACUCGCACCUCACGCGCGUGGCGCCGGCCUACGCCAAGAUGGGCGAGAUGAUGCUCGCCCUGUUCCGCCACCACCACUGGAGCCGCGCGGCGCUGCUCUACAGCGACGACAAACUGGAGCGCAACUGCUACUUCACCCUCGAGGGGGUCCACGAGGUCUUCCAAGAGGAGGGCCUGCACACGUCUGCCUACAACUUCGACGAGACCAAAGACUUGGACCUGGACGACAUCGUGCGCUACAUCCAGGCCAGUGAACGAGUGGUGAUCAUGUGUGCCAGUGGUGACACCAUCCGGAGCAUCAUGUUGGCAGUGCACAGACAUGGCAUGACCAGUGGAGACUAUGCCUUCUUCAACAUUGAACUCUUCAACAGUUCUUCCUAUGGAGAUGGCUCAUGGAAGAGAGGAGACAAACACGACUUUGAAGCUAAGCAAGCGUACUCAUCCCUCCAAACAGUCACCCUACUGAGGACCGUGAAACCUGAGUUUGAGAAGUUUUCCAUGGAGGUGAAAAGUUCUGUUGAGAAACAAGGACUCAAUGAGGAGGAUUACGUUAACAUGUUUGUUGAAGGGUUCCAUGACGCUAUCCUUCUCUACGUCCUGGCUUUACAUGAAGUACUCAGAGCUGGUUACAGCAAGAAGGAUGGAGGGAAAAUUAUCCAGCAGACUUGGAACCGGACAUUUGAAGGUAUUGCUGGGCAAGUGUCUAUUGAUGCCAAUGGAGACAGAUAUGGAGACUUUUCUGUGAUUGCCAUGACUGACACGGAAGCAGGGACCCAGGAGGUUAUUGGCGAUUAUUUUGGAAAAGAAGGUCGUUUUGAGAUGCGGCCGAAUGUGAAAUAUCCAUGGGGCCCUUUGAAGCUGCGAAUAGACGAAAGCAGAGUCGUGGAGCAUACCAGCAGCAAUCCCUGCAAAUCAUCAGGUGGCCUAGAAGAAUCAGCAGUGACAGGGAUUGUUGUGGGGGCCUUACUAGGGGCUGGUUUGCUAAUGGCCUUCUACUUUUUCAGGAAGAAAUACAGAAUAACCAUUGAGCGGAGAAACCAACAGGAAGAAAGUAACAUUGGAAAACAUCGAGAGCUACGGGAAGAUUCCAUCAGAUCCCAUUUUUCAGUCGCCUAAACGAUGCCUUCUUCUCCUUUCUUUUCCUGCUUGAGAUUCCUCAAGGAGAUAGAUGGAAUGAAAGAUCUCCGGGGAACAGAAGGGGCAUUCUUGAUGAAUCCUUCCUUUUAAGCAGUUACCAUUGUAUUCCAAAAUUUCUUUAGAAGCUCAGGAACUAUUAUUAAUCACCAUCCACCUCCUGGUCUUUCAUCUCAUCACAAGCAAACAUAGGCCAGAACAUCACUCUCUGUUACAUGUCCUAGUACUUGGAAAGUCAUAUGAUUAGAUUUAUAUUUUUUAAAAAUAUGAUGUCUCCAUAUCUGGGUGCCUUGUGGAGACAUUGCACACAAGGCUAUGAACAUGUGUUUUCUGAAAUUGAAUGUUUUGUAGCUAGAAUAAAAGUCAUUUUUACAAGUA